CUCGAUCUCUUCCACCACCACCACCACCACCACUACCCUACUCAAUUGCGCCCGCAAUCCACACCAACAGGGGAGAAAGGAAGCAAUCAUGCGGUCUCUCCUCUCCGUCCUGAGCCGGACAACCACCACGACAAGCAUCCCGGCCUGGCGACCCACAACCUCCUUUAUUCUCCGCGGCUCCAAACCCGACAUCUGCACGCGCUGUCUCCUCCGCCGCCAACAACAACUCCGCUUCUACAACAACAACCAAUUCUCCGAUGACCAGCGAUGGUUAUCGGUUGUCGACCAUCCAGCCCAGGUGGUUCGUACGGGCCGGAAACAUGGCCCGGGGUUGAUUAUUCUCGCAUUAAUACCAAUAAUCUCCUUCGCCCUGGGCACCUGGCAAAUCCAACGCCUAGAAUGGAAAACGAACCUCAUCGCCAAAUACGAAGACCGACUCGUGAAACCCCCCCUCCCACUCCCGCCCCAAAUCGACCCGUCCGUGGUCCCCGAAUUCGAUUACCGACGGGUCACAGCGACAGGCACGUUCCGGCACGAUCAGGAAAUGUUAGUGGGGCCGCGGAUGCGAGAUGGGCAGGAUGGGUUUUUUGUGGUGACGCCAUUGGAGAGAGGGGAGGGGGAGAGUACGAUUUUGGUGAAUCGGGGGUGGAUUUCACGGAAGAUGAAGGAGCAGAGGGAUCGGGGGGUGGGGGCGUGUGCAGGGGGGGAGGUGGUGGUGGAGGGGUUGUUGAGGGAGCCGUGGAAGAAGAAUAUGUUUACGCCCGAGAAUAAGCCUGAGGAGGGGAAGUUUUAUUUUCCCGAUAUUGAGCAGAUGGCGGAUUUGACGGGGAGUCAGGCCGUUUGGAUUGAGGAGACGAUGGUACAGGAUCUCGUCGAGGCUUAUGAUCGCGAGGCCAAGGGUAUCCCUAUCGGCCGUGCCGCGGAAGUCAACCUCAAGAAUAACCACAGCCAGUAUAUCUUUACGUGGUACGGCUUGUCGCUGGCAACCUCCAUCAUGCUGUGGAUGAUCAUCCGUAAACGUCCCAACGAGGCCACCCGGCGGGUGCGCCAGAACCGGAACUGGUAGGGUCGUGGUGGCGUCGGCUUGUAUCUAUAGAAUCGUGUAUAUGUAUAUCAUGGUGGCAUCGCCAAUCUCAUGUCCUGCAACAGCUCCUUGGGCAAAUGCUUCUGGGCGAGC